UCUUGUAACCACACAGAUUAAAGUGUUGCUCUCCGUUUCCCAACUGAUAUUGCAUGUUAGAACAAGUUAGGAAAUGAGUAAAGUUGUAAACUGUUUCCAGGUGUAAUCUCAAGGAAUGUAAACGUAUUCAAAACACACUCGGUUGCCACCAGUCGACAAAGAGCGAAGGUCCCGCAUAGGGGAAGACCUAGAGAAGAAUUCAAGAUGGCGGCGCCCAGAAGCGGGGGCUCCCAGCUCUAUGAGCGGACUAUGAUGACAACGUUGAAAACGCUGGAAAGGGGAUUAGUGUUGACCAAAUUCUAUCCGAAGAAGAAACCCGAAAGGCGGACUUUUCAAGUAAAGUUGGAGACCAGAGAGUUGGUCUGUGUUCGAGCACAGAACGCCAGGCCAGAACAAACUUUUGAUCUGCGCGAAGUUAAGGAGAUUCGUCCAGGGAAGAACUCGAAAGACUUUGAGAAAUGGCCAGAGGAGGGCAAGAAGAUGGACAAGGAGAGGUCAUUUGUUAUCCUGUAUGGCAUGGAGUUCCGCCUGAAGACGCUGUCCUUGGUUGCCAGCACACAGGAGGAGUACCGUAUGAUGGUGGACGGCCUCCGAUACCUCAGUGAAGAUACACAGUCAGGGCCCUACCCACUACAGGUUGAAAGGUGGCUGCGCAAAGAAUUUUACACAUUAGAAAACCGAAACCACAUGGUGUCUGUAAAGGAUAUCAAGUCAUGGCUACCCAGAGUAAAUUAUAAAAUAUCUAACACAAAGCUACGGGAACAAUAUCAGAUGAUAGAGCCGCAGCUGAAGGAAAUAGGAUUUGAGCAAUUUUCCAUGCUGUACCACAACCUCAUCCAUGUACAUAGUAUAUUUACAGAGUAUUUCCCAAUGUAUUCAAGAGAUGGAGACAAGCUGACAGCAGAAGAAUUUGAACAGUUUUUGAUAGUUGAACAAAAAGAUCCCUUAGGAAAUGAUUCGCAGAAUGUCCUGUCUUUCAUGCGCCAAAUCCUGGAGUCAUCAGAUCCCAUACGUGCUGUCAAGCCUCACUUCACACAUCACGAGUUCCUGGACUAUUUGUAUUCAGACAAGAACACGAUAUGGGAGGAAGAUCAUGAGAAGGUCAAUCAAGACAUGACGAAGCCUCUCUCUCAGUUCUGGAUAGCGUCAUCACAUAACACAUAUCUCACUGGGGAUCAGUUUUCCAGUGAGUCGUCCACGGAGGCAUAUGGAAGAUGUCUACGUAUGGGGGCACGCUGUAUUGAAUUGGACUGCUGGGACGGGCCUGAAGGGAUGCCCUAUAUCUACCACGGACAUACUCUAACCUCUAAGGUCAAAUUUCUGGAUGUCCUCAAGACUAUAGCUGAAAAUGCUUGGGUCACUUCAGAAUAUCCUGUCAUUUUGUCAAUAGAAAAUCAUUGCAGUCUUCAACAACAAAGAAACAUGGCCAAUGGAUUCAAGGAGGUGUUUGGAGAUCAACUACUGACAGAGCCUAUAGACAAGGAGGCUACCCAGCUUCCUUCUCCUGAGGCUUUGAAAAGAAAGUUUAUAUUAAAGUGUUACAGUAUGAAUACAAGCUAUGCUCUCAAAAAAGCACAAUCACGACUUAAUUUGCACAAGAAGCUACCUGAAGGAGCACUAGGUGAUGAAUGGAAAUUUGCAGGGAAUGUUGCAGAGGACAGUAUGACAGAAGCAGAUCUCAGCAGCUCUGUGAAGAAUGGCAUGCUAUGGCUGGAGGACCCUGUGGACAAUGAGUGGUAUCCACAUUACUUUGUCCUGACUGCUACACGCCUUCACUACACAGAGGAGACCAGUGUCCAGCAGGCGGACGAUGAGGAGGAAGAGGUCCCUGACAUGAACGGCCAUGUUGAGCCCAGGGAGGAGGGAGUAUCAAAUGAAGAGUUGCACUUCAGUGAAAAGUGGUUUCAUGGGAAGCUUGAGGGUGGGCGACGUAGAGCGGAGGAGCUAUUGAACGAGUACGCAGUCCUCGGCGACGGCACAUUCCUAGUUCGAGAAAGCGACACAUUUGUCGGUGAUUUUUCCCUCUCCUUUUGGCGUCAGGGGAAAGUGAACCACUGUCGUAUCAAGUCCCGUCAGGAGCGCGGCGAGAUUCGCUACUACUUGAUAGACAACGUGCUGUUUGAAAGCUUGUACAGUCUGGUCACAUUCUACCGUAAUAACCCCCUGCGAAGUCAGGACUUUGAAAUGAUCCUGGGGGACCCGGUUCCUCAACCCCAGAGUCACAAAGGACAGAAAUGGUAUCAUGAAGGGAUGGACCGCGCCAUUGCAGAAGACAUGUUAGCACGCAUUCCUUUCGACGGAGCUUUUCUUCUCCGCCACAGUGAAUUUGAUUCCUCUUCUUACGCCAUUUCCUUCAGAGCUGAGGGAAAAAUCAAGCAUUGUCGUAUCAAGUUGGAAGGUCGUCUUUUCACCAUCGGCAACGCCCAGUUUGAGAGCCUUUUGGAAUUGGUGCAGUAUUACGAAAAGAACCCUCUCUAUCGUAAGAUGAGGUUAAAGUACGCCGUCAAUGCUGAGCUAGUCUCACAGAUAGGAAUGGAGCCAGAUGCCAAUGCCAUCUAUGGUUCUGCAGAUAUCUAUAUGAAUCCUAAUGACUAUAUGUCUAAGGUCAAAGUGAAAGCCCUGUACGACUAUCAUGCACAGCGAGCAGAUGAGCUGUCCUUCUGCAAGCAUGCCAUUGUCAGCAAUGUCCAUAAGCAAGAUGGUGGAUGGUGGCGUGGUGACUAUGGUGGAAAUAAACAAAUGUGGUUCCCAUCAAAUUAUGUGGAAGAGUUGGAGAUAUCCGAGGAUUCUGAUUCGACGCCCCUGGGCUCACUGCAGAAGGGCAUGCUGGAAGUGACCUGCUGCAUUGUGGAUAAAAUAGAAGGUGGCAAGGGCUCAAAGCAGUAUGUAUUCCGUGUGAUCUCCAACGGCACGCCUCUAGAGAUUGCCGCCAGCAGCGAGGAGGACAUGUUGGACUGGAUGAAGGCCAUCAAGGAUUGUGCAAAUAUGGCGGAACUUAGGAGUAAAGAGCAUGCAGACCAAGAGAGAGCUUUAAGGAUUGCCAAAGAAUUCUCUGACAUAAUAGUUUACUGUCGCUCAGUGCCUUUUAAUGAAAGCAAUAUCCCAGGGAACUACUAUGAAAUGUCCAGCUUCUCAGAGACCAAAGUGGAAAAAUAUGUGAACAAACUGAAGGGCCAGACCUUCAUGAAGUAUAACCAAAACCAGCUGAGCAGGAUUUACCCCAAAGGUCAAAGAAUCGACUCUUCCAAUUAUGACCCCACCAUGCUGUGGAUAUGUGGGUCACAGAUGUGUGCCCUGAACUACCAGACACCAGAUCGUUCUAUGCAGCUGAAUGAGGGGAAAUUCAAACAGAAUGGAAAGUGUGGUUACAUUCUCCAGCCAGAAAUCAUGCGACACAUUGACUACGACCCAUUUGACAAACGGACACUUGUCAACGUAGAUCCCCUCACAGUAACUCUAACAAUCAUAGGAGCCCGCCACUUAGUCAAAUCUGGCCGUGGGAUUGCCAGCCCAUUUGUAGAAGUAGAAAUAUGUGGAGCGGAAUUUGACAAUGGAAACAAAUACAAAACUAGAACAAAGGUGGACAAUGGAUUCAACCCAGUGUGGAAUGACCAGUGUGAGUUUGACAUCAUCAACCCCGAGGUGGCCAUGAUAAGGUUUGUGGUCCAGGAUGAAGACAUGUUUGGGGACCCUAACUUCCUCGGUCAGGCUUCUUUCCCAGUCAAGAGCAUCAGACCAGGUUACCGGUCAGUCCCAUUGACCAAUGGCUACAGUGAACCUCUAGAGCUGGCCGCCCUUCUGGUCCGGGUGGACAUGAGGAACCCAACACAAAGUACAGAUAGUGACAUCUAUGCCUGUAUUCAAGACCUACGAGAUCGUUCCCAGGAGCUUCACUACCAGAUUGCGGAGUCAGAGCGAGUUGGAAACACAAGAGAAGCAGAGGAAAUAAAGAACAAACUGAAACAAACCGAGGAAGAGCUGAUUCAGAGAACAGAUGAGAGGCAUCGGAUCAACAAACAAAGGUUUUAG